UCUACAGUCAAGAAAUAUAGAUCAACUUGUAUUGUGAUAUUUCUUUUAUAAAACAAUGGCAAGCAUGAUGGUAGCAUGUGUUGUUUUGGUGAUGUGCAUGGCUGUUGCUCCAAUGGCUGAAUCUGCAGUAACAAGGGAUGAUGUAGCUAAUAAUCUUGCUCCAUGUCUUCAAGGUUAUUAUGGUGGGAUCAAGAUUACUACACAAUGCUGUAUUGGAGUGAGGAGAAUUGAUGAUGCGGCCAUCACUGCUGCUGAUCGUCAGCUGACUUGUAGAUACUUAAAACAGUUGGCUGGUUUUAUUCCUAAUUUAAAUCUAAAAAUUGGUGAUAAUCUCUUUGUUAGCUUAUGUGGUGCCAAGACUCCCUACAAGCUAAAUCCUAAUGCCGACUGUUCAACCAUCAAGACUAAAGAAGUUGUGGCGGAUGCAGGGUUAUCUAAUAUUCUCACUACUAUAUGAGAGAGCUUAUUAUAAAGAGUUUGUUAAUAAGAAUGAGAGUGAUGUAGGUUCAUUUUGAAUAUGAUCCUAUACUCUUAUUUUAAUUUGAGUUUCUGAAUAUUCUCAUCGUUAUGUUGUUUAAAAAGAGGAUCUUAGAAUAGAUCUCUUUUGGCAAUAGUCCGGCGUUCGUGCUGUCUUUUCUUUUAAUAAAGUGUUAUGUAUUGCAAAAUUGAUGAAUUACAUUAAGUUUACUUCUUCCA